AUGCAGCUGCUCAAGUGGUCAUCGAGAGCAACUGAGGCCUCGCGCGGGGCUUGCGCUGCGGAAGAUGCCGCUGGGGACGGCGCCGUGGACGGGCCUGAAGGGCCCCUGUCCCUCGGCGAGUCCGUCUGCUACCUCUUCACGCUUACGCUGAUAUGUUGCUACGACGCGGUCGCUCGGCUGGUAUCCUCGCCUUUCAAGUGGCUGAACGAGCGAAUCGUGUCCUACGACAUCGACCGCCCUGACGCGAUCGUGGACUUCAUCCGCUUCAUCCUCAUGGAGGAAGGCCUCGAGGAUGCGUCAACGGCGAGUGCCUUGCCGGCUCCCGGCGUGCGCCGAAAGCGCGAACAAAGCUCGGCGUCUUCGUCCUCGCCACCAACGGGCUGGCCGCUGCUGCUCUCCAGGCUCCUCGACCGCAAUCCCACCCAGCAAGUCGCUCUGUCGGUUCUCGUCUUCCUCUUCAUCUCGGCAGUCUCGAUCUUCGGGGUCAAGAUGUGCGUGGGCAUCAUCGUUGACGCGUCCCGGAGGAAGAAGGCUCGCAUGGAGAUGGAAGGAAGUCUGCUCAGCGCGACGGUACACAAGUGGAUUGAAAUUCAGGAGCUCCCUCUUCAACUCGGCGCUCCAGCACGGCGACACCAUGCCAGACUUCACCGGGUCGACAGCAAACGGCUCGCGAUGGCAAGGAAGAAAGCUGCUGCACUGAUAACAAGCGGAUGCUUCAGAAUGGCCGUUGCCGUCCAUACGUGCCUGUGCUGUCUCCUUCUUUUCUUCUACGGCCCGUGGUACGACAUGACACUCGGGCCCCAUCGGCAGGGCCGACGACUUGAGCUCCACAUCGCCAUUGUGUGUCUUUCUGCUUUCUUUUUCAUCGAAAUCGGUACGAGAAUCUUUGCUCGCGGCCGUCUGUUUUUUCGCGAGGCGUUGGACAUCCUCGACGUUGUUCUUUGCUGCCUGCUCGCUGGGACCUUUGGCGCUGGCGUCGUUUUGUGGAUGGGGUGGGUCUGGCGCGUGGACGCACUGACCUCCUGGCUCCUAAGUUUACGCCUCUUCCGGAUCGCGCGCUUCCUAUACCGCCAGAUGCCCUUUUUCCAGACGUUGUUUACAACGAUCUCGCGAGUUAUGAAGAGCUUCCUCAGCGUGCUUACGCUUCUGGGCCUCUCGAUUUUCUUCUUCGCCAUCUGGGGGGUCGUCCUCUUCAGCGGCGCCCAGUAG